GUAAAAUACAUGUGAUCUAUGACGGCUAAUCAAUUAUCGUAGUGUACAGUAGCCCAAGUAGACGUAAAAGUAUUGGAAUUGUCAUGGAGUUCACAAGCAGCACUUAGUACUGUGUAUCUCAUUGAUUCACUGACUCAAAAGCCAAGGCCUAUAAAUACCCAGCAAAACCCACUCAUCAACACAAUAACGGUGCUCAGUAAUUGGUCUUCUACUUCAUUUUUCUGAGAAAGCAAGACAAUGAUGAUGAAAAAGGCAGUAGCACUGAUGCUCAUUGUUAUGGUGGAGGUAGCAAUGGCGCAUGGAGGAUACAAAUAUCCUCCCACUCCCAAAACUCCAAAGACCCCUUCUACUCCUGGUACUGGAAAGACUCCUCCAUCAGGUGGUGGUACUUCAGGACAAUGCCCAAUUGACGCUUUGAAGCUGGGAGCCUGUGUGGAUCUGCUCAGUGGGCUUGUUCAUGUGGGUUUAGGAGAUCCUGUUACAAAUCAGUGCUGUCCUCUGAUUCAAGGAGUUGCGGCAUUAGAGGUAGCUCUGUGUUUGUGUACAACAAUUAGGGUUAAGCUUCUCAACCUCAAUGUGAUUCUUCCAGUAGCACUGAGUCUUGUUGCUUCUUGUGGAUUGACUGUACCACCUGGAUUCAAAUGCCCUGCUUAGUAAGCUGCUCCUCUGAUUUGGUAUUCUAUGGGGGUUGUUGUGUGUUUGCCAUCAUUGCAUUACAAAUUGUCCAGAAUGUUAUGGUAUGUUGUGUGAAUCUGUCGUGGAGGUCAGUCAUUGUGGGGUAUGCAAAGUGGUUUUGAGAGUAUUGUUCAGAGUUUUUAAGGUCUGUGUUGUGAGAAUAAAGCGGUAAUCCGUGUACGUGGUUUGCAGCUUGUAUUCAUUCCUUAUGCAUCUAGAAAGGAUGGUUUAGAAUGGAUGAAUAGAUUGUUAAUGUCUUAUUCUGUGAUA